AUGAGUGAAAUGACGAGUGUCGAACAACAGCAGCAACAACAACAACAACAACAACAACAGUACGUAGGUGGCAGUUCGAAUUUGGAGCAUCAUUGCAAGGAUUGCGACGUUUUCUUCGAAAGCGAUAAGAGUCUUGAAGUACACCUGCGAUAUCACCACGAGAACCUGCUAAGCCAGUGGGCGAGUCAAGCUCAGCAGGAAGAGAGUAACAACAACAACAGUAAAGCCGGCAAUCACAACAGUCACGUGGGCGUUAAGCGCGAUAGUGUAACCGCGCCAGCGGAUUCGAGUGAAACUACCUCGAGGCCGCCUUCGCAAGAUCCGACGUCAUCGUCUCAACAACUAUCGACGCAGCAGCAGCAGCAGCAGCAGCAGCAGCAACAGGCUCAACAACAACAACAACAACAGCAGCAGCAGCAGCAGCAGCAGCCGAGUACAGCUCAAACUUACAAUCAAUUCCAGCCGCCGAUGUUCGGCGAAACAAAUUAUUUCAUGCAGAACGAUCAGGCCUACAUGAUGCCCCAUCACUAUUCACCGCCGCGAGAAGAUAACGGCGGUGGAAGUUACUCGCGUUAUCAUCCGUAUCAACAUCAACAACACUUCGCACCGGAUCGUACGAGUUCAGUGAGUUCGACCAGUCCGAGGAGUCCGCCGCUACAGUGCGACAAGUGCGGUGCAGUGUACGAAAACGCGAAUCAGCUGGGUGAACACGUGAGAACGAAUCACUCGAAUUCACCCGGUGGAUAUCCCGGACAGCAUCAAUAUCAGCAGCUGGGUAGCAGUCCGCAACAGCAGAAUCAGCAGCAACAGCAGCAAAUGCACGCGUCACCGCAGUCUAGCCAGCAGCAACAACAGCCUGGUUACGACUACAACGGCGGGCAACCGGUAGAGAUCGAGGCGAAACAGGAACCGGACGAACAGGCGGAAAUUUUGGAUCUGGAUUCGCACAAGGUGCAAACUCACAGAUACGAGGAAGAGCUGAUGCGGCUUCAUCAUCAGCAGCAGCAGCAAGAGUUGCAGAUGCAGAUGCAUCAGCAGCAAGUGAUGCAACAACACCAGCAACAGCAACGGGCCGGAACGCAUUCGGUGAGUUCCAUGCUAGGUUGGCCACCGGCUGCACAACCGCACGACUACCAUCCCGGUUUGUCGCCAAUGGGCCCGAUGGACAGUGUUUCGCCUCUCUCGGAUCAGAGUCAAUUCAUGCGAGGCCAGCACAUGCCUGUUGAACCACAACGACAUCCAGGCUCCCCAAUCAUUACGAGCACGCAGCCGAUACCGGGUCACCAAAUGCCUGCAGGUCUUUUGCAACAACCACCGAAACCUCCGCCUUUGGCUAAUCAAUCGUGGAAAAGUAACGAGGCGCGGCGGCCAAAGACCUAUAACUGCACUGCGUGCAACAAGUGGUUCACCAGCUCGGGCCAUCUGAAGAGGCACUAUAACACGACGUUGCAUAAGAACGCGGUGAAACAGAGUAAUCAGCCAGAUCCAGCCAAUUUACCGAUCAGUGCUCAUCAUCAUCCUGGUAGAGAUAGCCAUUCUGGUGGCAGAGGCGCAGGACCAUCUAGAUCGCCGGAGUUAUCUUCUUCCGGGAGUCCCCCAAACUUGAUGGCAGGUCCCUCGGGCGAGGCGGCGAGGGGCCUGCUCCACACGCCCACCAUUCUCUACAACAGCAGCAGCAACAACAACAACAACAACAACAACAACAACAAUUCCAACAACAGCAGCAGCAGCAGCAGCAGCGAAUCUUCGGCGGUAGCGGCGGCUCUAACGCAACCGUCGCCUUCGGCGGUCCACUUGGCCUCCACAAUGGUACCGCCGCUCAAUUCUCCGGUGGAAUCACCACUGCAGCAGCAGCAGCAGCAGCUUCAUCAUCUGUCAAUGGGUUCGCCAUCGGGCCAACUUCCUGUCCACCCCAUGAGUUCACCCAUGUCACCCAUGCACCCACCGCCGGCGCCCCACCUGAGUUCUCCUUCGCCAAUGGGCCCAUCCCACCCACAGCAUCACAUGACUUCUCCAUCUCCCAUAACGCCGGGCUCGGUCCACCCAGCAAUGGCUUCACCCACGGCGAUGGGGGGUACUACGAUGCCUCAUCAGCCGUACCCAAACGCCUUGCCCCCCCACGUUAUACCUACUACCAACAUCCCGGGACUGCUGGAGUCUAUCACCAUCCAACUAACUUCUACUGGUAGUACUGAAAUGUCUGUAUCGCUCUCCGGGCAAUCUCAACACCAGCAGCAGUUACAACAUCACGAUCAACAACAGCAGCAGCAGCAGCAGCAGCAGCAUCAACAGCAGCACCAGCAGCAACAAGAACAACAACAGCUGCAAUGUCUGGAUGUGUUACCCGGUUUUGGGACCUUUAGCAAUCAUCAUCAAAGGCCUCUGCCGUGUUUCACCCAAUUCAACGUAGCCGGGUUUUUGAUCGGCCAGAAUCAACUGGAGGCCGUAAACGUGGGGGGGCUAAGUCCAGAGGAGAACGUAUCUCCUCACAAUCGAUCGUUCGAAUCGUCCGGAUCCAACUACGAUCCGUACAGGAACUCACCGCCUCGAUACGAAUCUCUUGCCAACAUGGACGUGAACAUGCAGCCGAACACCGACGGCAUGAUCAUCAAGCAGUACGAGAUUCAAGCCCAUCACAAUAAUCAGCAUCUGUUGCAUCCGCUUCAGCAGUCUCAAGAGAAUUUCGAGGCGAACAACAAUCUGCCGCAACAGAUGCGCGCGAAGGAUGAACUGAGCCCGAACCAGGGCGGCAGACUAUCGGAAAAGAAUCCGAAAUCGAAACGCAUUUCUGUGAUCACUAAGGAGCAUCAGGUGACCAGCACCAACACCGGCUCACACUACAUCUCCGAGAACGGCUUUCACAAGUGCAUCGAGUGCGACAAGAUCUUCAACAAGGCUUGCUACCUGACGCAACACAACAAGAGCUUCCACUCUGGCGACAAGCCAUUCAAAUGCAAUCAGUGCGGCAAAAGGUUCCCCGUCGAGUACAUGCACGCGGAGCACCUGCAGAAGCACGCCGGUGACAAACCGUACAAGUGCGAGAUAUGUCCGAAGCAGUUCAACCACAAAACUGACCUCAGACGGCACAUGUGCCUCCACACUGGCGAAAAGCCGUACGCCUGUGAUACUUGUGGCAAGGGAUUCAUCAGAAAGGACCAUAUGAUGAAGCACCUUGAGACCCACAAGAAGAAAAACAACAACUAUAACGUGCAUCUGAGGACGUGA